AUGGCUGGAACGAGUACGACGAAUCAGGUCACGUCGAGGCUGUUGCCGGACAAGGUCGUCGUGAUCACGGGCGCCAGCCAAGGUAUCGGCCGCGCUGUCGCCAUCGCUUGCGCCGAGAAUGGCGCCCGGCUCGUGCUGCACCACCUCGGCGAGUCGACCCUCUCCGACGCCGAGAGUUUGAAGGCCGACCUCGAGAAGAAAGGCACACCUGUCACUUUGGUUUACGGAGACAUCUCGGAGCCGACGACGGCCGCCGCAAUCGUCGAUGCCGCCGUCUCCGCUUACGGCCGGAUCGACGUUCUCGUCUCGAACGCGGGCAUCUGUCCCUUCCACUCGUUCCUCGACAUGCCCCUCGAUCUCUGGAACAGGACGCACGACGUGAACCUGACGGGCUGUUUCCUGGUGACUCAGGCGUGCGCAAAUGUUAUGACGAAGAUGGGCGGAGGAUCCAUCGUUGCCAUCUCCUCAAUUAGUGCACUGAUGGGAGGCGAGUUCCAGACACAUUACACGCCCACGAAAGCCGGCGUCAAGAGUCUGAUGGAGAGCUGCGCCAUCGCCCUGGGAAAGUAUGGGAUCAGGUGCAACUCUGUUCUGCCAGGCACCAUCCGGACGGCUAUCAACGAGGAGGACCUGAGCAACGACGCGAAGCGCGAGGGCAUGGAGGCCCGCACCCCGCUGACGAGGCUGGGUAAGCCUGAGGACAUUGCAGGCCCCGUUGUGUUCUUCGCAAGCGACAUGAGUGCGUACUGCACUGGCGCGUCGUUGCUCGUCGAUGGCGGCGCGGCCAUCUCGCUCCAGUAG